AUGUCAGUGCCAUAUGUCUACGAGGAGGAAGCUAAACAGCUUCGCGAGGAGGAAGAAGAGGCGGACCUGGACGAUGCCCCCGAAGCAUUUAUUGACCCAAUCAUGGGCCAUCUAAUGGAGAACCCCGUUAAAUUGCCCUCUUCUGGUCAGAUUGUCGAUAGGAAGACAAUCUAUCAACAUCUGCUUAAGUACACUCCGAAAGGAAGCUAA